UCUCAUUGCCCAUUGACGGUCAGUUCUAGCAAUUCUGAGUAUAGUUUUUGUCACGUUUAAUGGCUUUUACUAGUUUUUUUUUUUAAAUCAUUGUCUACCCAACGCACAACAUCGUGAAUGAGAGAUAAUUGGGUGAAAUCGAUAGAGAAACACUAACGCAUUUUUGUCGCUUCGUUUUGUUGAUGACUGACAAUUGGGCUAUUCUGUUGCGUGAUCCAAAUAAAUUUAUCUAGUGCCAAAAUAGCUGCCGAGCAGUGUGGUGUGAUGUUGUUUACUGGAUAGUGGUUAUAAGUGAUAUAAUGUUUGAGCGGACAGGAAAGGCUUGUCUGUUGAUCGUUACUGCCGUUCUAGUGACGAGCGCAAAAGGAUUAAAGUUCUACUGCCAGCUGGAAGCGCAAAGAUGCGCAAUAGAAGACUGGAACCCUUCGCUCGACGGAUACUUCCUUUUUGAACACAUUCCAACCGUUACCAGUUCGUUGCGCUUCAUCAACUUACAGAGCUCGCACAUUGCUGCGGAACUGUGCAGUACAGUGGCGUGCUUCGUCGAUAGCCUGAUCAUAAAUGAUUCGCCCAACGUGCAUAAAGUUCACGUACCGAGCACGUGCAACAUUAGUGUCGUUGACUUACACUACACCGGGCUGCAAUAUUUGCACUUUGAGCAAAACGAUAGCAUUACAAGUGUGCUAGUGAGAAAGAACCGCCUCAGAAUCGUUCCCGCAACGCUUGCCCUCCUGCCGAACGUAAGAUACGUGAUGCUAGAUAGCACCGAGUUCGAAGCAAUCGAUUUAAAUUUAUUUUACCCCCUUCGGCAUCUCAAAAUACUGGACGUAGGCAAUGCGAAGAUUAAAUAUGUGCGUGGUACGAGUAGGACUGUCUCAACGUGCCCAUUAGAAAUCUUGAAGCUUCGACACAACUCUUUGACUAUCGUUAACCUGAAUCUGUUUGCUCCCUUCACCUUGCUAACGUUGUUGGACUUGUCGCACAACAAGAUAGAAGUGUUGGCCGGUAGGUUGAGCAAUCCGAUCCUUGCUAGCUUGCUGCUUAAUAACAAUCGGCUAAAGGCGCUGGAUUUGUGUACCUGGAGUACCUUACGCCACUUGGAUGCUGUUUCGAUUGCGCACAACAAUGUCUCGCGAACGCCGACAUGCUUGAACCGUUUCCGAAAUGUAACUCACAUAAGCAUGCAGUUCAAUCAGAUCGACAGCAUUGAGGUAGCACAGCUGCUGCAGCUACCCAAUCUUACGUCGCUUAAUUUAUCGAACAAUAACAUAACCUCCUUCCCAGUUAGUGAACACCAGUAUCCGCAGGCGCUAAGGCAGCUGGAUCUUUACGGCAAUCCUAUUAGCAAUCCCUUUAAUGAAACCAUGCGUGUUAGAAUCAUUGGAAAAAUAUAUGUAUCAUUUUAGGAAUUGCGAUUAUCCGAAGGCUAACUGUUCAAAUAAAGUGUGUGUAAUAAACAUUGUAAUAUGAAUGCAAAUAUUGAAAAAACUGUACGUUAGAAAU